AACAUAAGGAACACGGCAGGAAAUCCUCACUUGCAUUUCAGUCAAUUGUUCCAUAGAACAGGCUUCACUUUUGUUUGCAUGGGGUUGGAAGGAGGGGAGGAGUAGGAGACGGAGAGGAGGAGCUCCAUUUCUCCUCCUCCUCCUCUUCAUCUACUAUAUGCAAAGAAAAAAAAAAGCUUGACCAGCCCCCCUUCCCUUCCAUUCCCAUGGAUCGUAUUACCCGGGACUCAAGCAUCCAGACAUCUGCUCCAACGCAACAACUGAGCGCGUCCGCGCGUCACAGACCUGCCACCGAUCUCUCCCGCGGUGCCUACUCCUCCUCUUCCUCUUUUACCCCUCCUCUUUCUGCCCUCUCCCCCAAAGCUGUAGUGUCUGCUAUUUUGUGUUAACCGCGGUGAUCAUGAGAAGCCACGGUGCCCUGCACAUUUCCCGGCUGUGAGCGAGACCCUGCCUGUAUCCAGACCCUGGAGGCAGUGAGGUAGAGUCGGUGUGAAAAAGAAGAGAGCAGUGGCCCCGGCCGGCUCCAGUGGGCAGCAGCAGCAGCAGCAGCAGCACAUUUCUUUUCUUUUCUUUUUUUUAUCUGCUGCUUCUGUUGUGAUCAGCGGCUCUGCAUCCUCUCCGCUUCAGGCUACAUUGUUGUCAUUAGCAGACAACAACGGAGGCAGUGAACGCAUCUCCAUGCCUGGUGUGUUUAUAAGGCCCAUGCUGUCGGACAUUUAACCCGGCUCUGGCGUUGCUCCCUGCUCUCUCUCUCUCUCUCUCUCCCUGUCUCUACGAGCGUGUUUGGUUUGUGUUCGGCACCAUGGAGUCCGUGGAGAAGGAGUGUGGAGCGUUGGGUGGAUUAUUCCAGUCCAUCGUGAACGACAUGAAGAGCUCAUACCCUGUGUGGGAAGAUUUCAGUGCCAAGGCCACAAAACUGCACUCUCAACUCAGGACCACAAUUCUGGCAGCAGUGGCCUUUUUAGAUGCCUUUCAAAAGGUGGCAGACAUGGCCACUAACUCAAGAGGUGCCACCAGGGACAUUGGCUCGGCUCUGACGAGGAUGUGUAUGCGACAUCGCAGCAUUGAAACAAAAUUACGACAUUUUACCAAUGCUUUAAUGGAAGGCCUGGUUAUGCCACUCCAGGAAAGGAUGGAAGAGUGGAAGAAGACGGCCAAUCAGCUGGACAAAGACCACGCCAAAGAAUACAAACGGUCUCGUCAGGAGAUCAAGAGAAAGUCUCUAGACACCAUCAAACUCCAGAAAAAAGCCAGAAAAGGCCGGGGUAACCUUCGCCCCCAACUGGACAGUGCCAUGCAGGAUGUCAGUGACCUGUACCUGCUGAUGGAGGAAACGGAGAAGCAGGCGGUCCGUAGAGCCCUGCUGGAGGAGAGGAGUCAUUACUGUACAUUUAUCAACCUGCUGCAGCCUGUGUUGAAUGUAGAGAUUGCCAUGCUGGGUGAGAUCACACACCUGCAGCCAAUAGUUGACGAUCUCACUGCGUUGACUGAAGAUCCACACAAGCUUCCACCAGCUAGUGAACAGGUGAUCGUGGACCUGAAAGGCUCGGACUUCUCUUGGUCCUACCAGACUCCCCCCUCCUCCCCCAGCAGCAGCGGCUCCAGGAAGAGCAGCAUGUGCAGUCUCCUUCAGAUGCCCUCUGCAGGAGCCCAUCGGCUCAGCAGCGUGUCCUCCCAUGACUCCGGCUUUGUCUCUCAGGACGCCAACACACACUCUAAGCCUCCGUCACCCAUGCCCUCUGAUAUUGCCAGCCAGAAAUCGACAAGCUCAGCCUCCUCAGAGGCUUCAGAAACCUGCCCGUCUGUCAGCGAGUGCAACUCACCUACAGUGUUUGGCUCAUGCUCAUCCUUCGGUACCUUCCGCCCUGCUUUUUCUCACACUGGCACCAUCAGGCCUCUCUCUGUCAUACUUCCUGCGUCCCCUACAUUUACUCACUCUCCUGGAUCCAACACCCCCUCACCCACAUCAAAGAUCCCUAACUGGAAGGAUUGGGCCAAACUUAGCUCCUGUGAGCCGUCAUUGGCCGGCACUCUGCAGGGAAGGAGAGAAUCUGCAGACAAGAUGAGAGAAAUGGAGGCUCCGCCCAGUCCACAGGGGUAUUCUGGGAUGCAGUCAGAGGAUUCUCACAGAGGGAGACUUGGCCCCGUGAACAAGCACGGUGAGCCCCUCUCUCCAGCAGCCAGUACUUUAGCCAUGGUUUUGACCAGAGGUUUGAGCAUAGAGCAGCAGAAGAGCAGCAGAGACUCUCUGCAGUACUCCAGUGGCUACAGCACCCAGACCAACACCCCAUCAUGCUCUGAGGACACCAUCCCCUCACAAGGUUCAGACUAUGAUUGCUACUCUCUCAACGGGGAUGCUGACAGUGAGGGGCAAAGCGACUUCGACAAGUCCUCCACCAUCCCCCGCCACAGCAACAUUGCUCAGAGCUACCGUCGCAUGAUCCAAACCAAGAGGCCUGCCAGCACGGCUGGUCUACCUGCAGGUAAGACUCAAAAUGGGGCUGCAGGAAACAGCUCUGGAGCCAUUACCUCAGGGACCGCCACCAUUCGCCGGACGCCGUCCUCCAAGGCUGGUAUAAGGCGCACACCAUCCACCUCCGGCCCCAUUCCCAUCCGACCGCCCAUUGUACCAGUCAAAACCCCCACAGUACCAGACUCGCCAGGGUAUGCUAGCCCGUCGCAAUUCUACAUAUGCAGCGAGGAUUUUCUAUGCAGUGAUGACACAUCUACUAGUGACUACAUGAGGGCUUCCCCCAAGCGAAUGAGUCUUCCUGAGGCCAGCUGGGGCUCAAGUGGAGGGGUGGCAGACAGGACUGUCAGAGCUCAGCUUACACAUGUCAGGGGCAACAACAGUGUGGAGGAAGACCCUCAGCUCGCUGCCAACCGCCACAGCCUGGUGGAAAAGAUAGGAGAGCUGGCAGCUAGCGCGCACGCCCUAGGUGAGGGUCACUUCCCCUUCCCCAGCUCACUGUCAGAGAGUGCAGCUGCAGCACAGCGUAUGCCCCAGGCGCAGGCCCCUUCUGGCCGGGAGGAUGUAGAUAUGCUGGUAAGAAUACGCAGAGGAGUGCGGCUCCGUAAGACGGUGACCGACGACAGGUCGGCCCCCAGGCUCCUGUGGUAGUUGAAGGAGAAGGCUGUAAAGCAGUGAUUUACAGAUUGACACUUUGUAGUGAAUUGAAACAGCACUCAUGUAAUACAUGAACAGUGACGUGGAUUUAGGAAGUGGUGAAUGAAGGCUCUUUAUUUGACUGAUUAGUGGUCACGGUUAUUUCAUUUUAAGUCAUGUAUGUAUUGCAUAUGUACAGAGUAAUUUUUAUUUUUACCUAUGGUUUUUGUCUGUUGGCAUCAUAGCUAUGUGACCCGUUUUAACUUAGUCUGCCCCCUUAGGCCUCGUGAUGAUGUCAUCACAGCCACACACGGCGGAGUUCAAAUGCUUGGUGUGUUCUUUCUCGCCCUAAUUAUUGUUAUAUUAUUAUGUGUUUGGUAAUUAACACAGGUCAGUGGAAAGUCAUGGGCAAAGUGCUCUGUGAGCCUUCUGUGUGUCGUGUUUCUCUUCGUUACUGUAUAAGUACCUUAUUACGUUUUGUUUGACGAGCUGAGGAGCAGCUCUUUAAGUCGUGUAAAUUACAGCAGGUUGACAGUGUUUUUAUGGCUGUAAUGUACUGUCAAUUUAUUCUGAAAAUAAACAGGCUUUUUACUGUUA